AUGGCUCAAGAAGACCAAACCCAAAAGUGUAGCAAUACUAGUAGUGGUGCUAGUCUUGGCUUUGCAAGCAUUACUAGAUCUUCAUCCAAAAAAACCAAGCAAAAAAAAGUGCCACAGAGAGGACUUGGUGUUGCACAGCUUGAGAAAAUCAGGCUUGAAGAUCAGCAAAAGAAAGCAGCAGCUGCUGUGAUUUUGUCAACCCCAUCUUCUUUAUCCUCACCGACCAAAUCCACAUCCUCAUCAUGUCCUUCUGUCCCAAUUAGACAUUUUUAUCACUCUAAUCAUAAUCAACCACCCUCUUCAAUCCCAUUUCCUUCUCUACCAUCACUAGAUCUACCUUCACCAAACUCAAUUUUCAGGCCACCAUUAAUUCCAACCCAGAACAUUGAUGUAAUUAGGAAGCCAAUUAGCACUGUUCCAUUGGGAAAUAACAAUAAUAAUAAUGGUGGUCAUGGGUUUGAAAUUCAGGGACAUGGCAAUAAUAAUGUUCCUAACUUGUGGAACCCUUGUGACUUCAAUCUUGAUCAGAAGGAGAGUUCUAAUUCUGGGAUUGAUCCCGGAUUGGCGUUUCGGUCUACUUUGAAUUUGCCUUUUGAGUCCAACAACCCCAUUUGGCCUCUCACCAAUGUGCCACAAAGAACACAACCAUAUCAUCAGCAGCCUCCUCCUCCUCCUUCAAUGGUGAAUGUGUCAUCAGCAACUUCAUCAUCAUCUGUACUAAACUUUCAGAUAGAGCCCCCUUCAAACCAAAGCUAUUACAGCAACUAUACACCAAUGUGGCCGGAUGAAGAAAAGAUGGUUGGCAUGAAGAGGCCAUACCCCUUUUCUCUAGACAAUCCACCAGGCCCCUCCAUCAACUUUAAAUUCCCUACCUUUGUUGCUCCUAUGAGAGCAGAUGAAGCAAGUUCAUGUGGGAACAGAUGCACCUACAAUUUGGAGCCUUCAGGCAACCCAAUUUUCAGAGAAGCCCCUUCAUGCUCAACUUCAAUUUCGGAGUCGAAUUCAAGGAACAGCAUUAAAGAAAAUGGGAGUGUCAAUGGAGAUUUUCUCACCUUAGCCCCUCCUACAACCAGUAGUAGGACAUGUCCCAGCCCAAAGUUGAACCUCCCUUCAACUUAUCUAGCAUUCCAUAACCGCGAAGUCCCUGAGUUUGAAUCAUUUUCUUAUCAAGGCAAUGCGGAAGACACAAAUUUCCAGCCAGGACCAAGCUGUUCACAUCCACAACAAGCUUUCUACAGCUUCUUCCCACCAGCAAAGGCACAAAUUGGAAGAGCAGCAACCACUAUAAACAACAAUUGUAAUGGUGAACUAGGAGAAAGUGUGGAUCUCAAUUUGAAGUUAUAA